AGUCGCAUAUACGUCGUUAAGCUGACAGGCUGCGGUCUGCCUCCUCACAGACAAUAAAGAGCCGGUAGAUUUUAAUGAGACAGAAAAGGAGGAGAAAUAUGCCAAGCUGUGGAGCGACUUAAAUCAACCGGACUGAGCCCAAGAAUGCAAAAGACAAGUCCGUCUGUUUCUGCAGAGAUAUCUGUGCCGGAUAAAUGUCACAUAUGUGGGAGAGUUUAUGUCGGGAUGGACUUCAAAUUGAGUAAUGUCUAAUGGGCGAACACAUAGGCUACUUGGAUUUUUGGUGAUAACAAAAGGGACUGCCACCAGAAAACGAAUUAAGUGAGGAGUUUUUCCAUCAUUUAGCUGUUAAAGAAGUUCACAGCAGGCCUUAUCAGUCUGAUUCUGAACCUUAUUCUUGCUGACAUUGGCAGUUUUCGAGUGUCAAUCUGCAUAUUUAACCCCAGAACGGACCCAAUGCACAGAAAAAGAUGCAUUUGGGUAAGGUUUUUCUGUUUGUCCUCCUCCUCAAUUGCGCAACUUUGAGCUCAUCCCUGUCAACUUGUGCCACCGUGGAUAUUGACCAUGUGAAAAGGAAGAGGGUCGAGGCGAUACGAGGUCAGAUUUUAAGCAAACUUCGACUGACAAGCCCCCCGCAUUCGCUCGGACCAAGCAAAAUCCCAUAUCAAAUCCAAGCAUUGUAUAACAGCACCAAGGAGCUGCUGGAGGAACUUGGGAGGGAUCGGCAGCAAAGUUGCGGUCAGGACAACACAGAGACAGAGUACUAUGCCAAAGAGAUAUACAAAUUCAACAUGGUCUAUGGACCGCCGGAAAGCAAUGAUCUGCCCCACUGCCUAAAAGGCAUCACCUCUAAGGUUUUCCGUUUCAACGUCUCAGCCAUGGAGAGGAACUCAACGAACCUCUUCAGAGCAGAGUUUCGUGCUUUGAGGGUCCCAAACUCAAAUGCCAAGAGGAAUGAACAGCGGAUUGAGCUCUACCAGAUCGUGAGACCAAAUGAACACAUCAGGAAGCAACGCUACAUCGGAGCCAAAAACGUGCUGACCAGAGGAACUCCAGAGUGGGUCUCCUUCGAUGUGACUGAAACAGUACGGGAGUGGCUGAUGAACAGAGGAUCUAAUCUGGGAUUGGAGAUCAGCGUACACUGUCCCUGUCACACGUUCAACCCCAAUGGAGACAUUAUUGACAAUGAGAACGAAGUUCUGGAGGUGAAGUUUAAAGGAGUUGAUGGAGAUGAGGAGCAGAGUCGCUGGGAUCUGGAUCACCUGAAGAAGCAGAAGGAGCAGUCACUGCCUCACCUUAUCCUCAUGAUGAUCCCACCGCACCGUCUGGAAACUCAGUCCACACGACGACGCAAGAGAGCUCUGGACACGAACUACUGUUUCUCAAACACAGAGGAGAGCUGCUGUGUUCGUAAGCUCCACAUCGAUUUCCGGCGCGACUUGGACUGGAAGUGGAUCCAUGAGCCCAGUGGCUACGACGCCAACUACUGCUCUGGUCCGUGCCCUUACCUGAGGAGCUCCGAUACCACACACAGCUCGCUGCUGAGCCUGUACAACACUUUGAACCCCGAGGCGUCAGCGUCCCCCUGCUGUGUCCCUCAGGACCUGGAGCCUCUCACCAUACUCUACUACUCUGGACGAACCCCCAAAGUGGAGCAGCUCUCCAACAUGAUUGUGAAGUCCUGCAAGUGUAGCUGAGACGGCACAAACUGAGAGGUAGAAUGGCGGGAUUUCUCUAAGGUACUGACCAAACCCAUGACUUUUGGACUCUUUGCUGUGACGAAUACUUUGACUGACCCUGUGGCCUCACAGCUUAGAUCUGAACACCACUCUGAAGGUCACACUAUUUUUAAGGAUGCUGAUUUUCUUUAAAACUUGAGGUCUUCAUCUUUUUCCUGUUUUUUUUAUUUUUUUUAUUGUCCCCUUCUCACUCAAUUCUGGAUGACAAGUUGGUGUGUUAAUCUUAGAAAUCCCAAUUUGUACUAAGCUCAUUUUACAAUCAAGAUGUGAUUCAGACAUUUCUGUCUAGAUCUGUGAGUUGGACACCAUCCUCCUAAGGCUAGAUUACAGAUAUCCUGCCUACAAAUCUGUCUGUGACAAAAAAAAUCCAGUCUGGGGUUACUACACAAUUAAGAAAUAAAGCAGACUAACAUGUGCAGUAUUUUUUUGUGAUCUGAAACAAUAAAAUACUUCAUAAAGUUAAUCUCUAGUGUGGAGCAGCUUUUCUGUUUCUAGCCUUGGGAUGACACUGUUAAUAGUCACAAAUAUAGACGGUGUCUCCUGAGCAGAUAUCGAUGAGUGCUUUCAGGAUGGAUUUUUCCUUGAAUUCGCCUUAAGUACCCUCCCCUUCAACCAGCGGGCAUUAUCCUCAAACACAAAGGAGAAAGGACAGACUUGCUGCUGUAUCCAAAGCCAUAGCUGUGGUCAGGGAGAAGGAGAGCUGAGAGAAUGCCUGUUGGAUUUGCAAUGGAAAGUGGAUGAACAAAGAAGUUGAGCCAAGCUCUUCUUUUUUUGGCCAGCCAGCAGCAAUGACCUUUUUUUUUUGGUGCGUCUAUUAGAAGGAAUAGAAGAAGAAGAUGAAGAUGAAGAGGAGGCGACCUGGAGAAAAAGGAAGAACUGUGAUGGAAAGUAGCCCUGAGCGCACAGCCAUUCACUGGAAGUUAUCAUCCUGAACAAGUUCAAAUUAUUUUUGGGACAUCAAAGAAUAUACUGGAAAAGAACACAUGUUAUGUAACUAGUUUUUUACAAGUUUUCUUGUACAUUAAUAGCAGAUUUGGUCUGUUAUGCAACUUUUCAUAUAGUAAUUGUUUCCCAAACUGGGAUAAAAAUUUGAUGUGAACUUCCAUUUUCCAUAGUGGAAUCACUUAUAUUAAAUAAGGGUACGGUUAUGUGGAUUUCAUCGUGAUUUUGACAUUUCUGCUUCUGUCAGAUAUGCGUUUUGUUUUUUUGUUUUAUUUUUCAUGUAAAAAUGAUUUUGACCUGUUUUAUGUGAUCCAGUGUAUGUUUGACUAAAGUCUUCGAUCUGUGACUUAAUGUAUUAAAAGGUAAAAAUCCCUGUCAAGUUAAAUCACAAUUCACUUUCCUUUAACAAUAACAGAAAAUGUAAUGAAAGUUAAAAGCAGUUUUAGUAAACUAUCCUCUCCUCUCACCUGUCAACCUUCACUCCUGCAGGCUGACAACAGUUUGCAUGUGAGUCAUGAUUUUGGUGUUUGUGCUCCCAAAACACUGCAGUCUUUCAUUCUCUCUGCUCCGUCUCAGUGUUUGUUUUGGUGAUCUUUUACAGUGUGAACCCUUAAUGGAACAAAACUGAAAAGGGAGGGGGAAAAGUCAGAACAUGACAGUGGCUGGAUGUACAGUAGACCUCAUUUUCUUCUCAGAGUUAGGAGUCUUAAUCCCUGUACUGUUUGACAUUCACCCAGUCGGUCGUUGAGCUUUUAGGUGACAUUUUGACAAAAAUAUUGUUUUACUGACUUGUUGAUUGUUAUUAAAAAGACAAAGACAACACGCAAAA